ACCAACCUUGUUUCACGGGUAAUAUAGUUCCUCAAAUCACAUGUAAUUACUCCUCUGAUACGCUUGAACUUUUUGUCCUUUUGUAUUGUUUUUGAGUUUUUGUUGAUUAUAUUAAAGCGAAAAACCUCAUCUUAAGUACAACUACUUUCCGGGGAGCAAAAUUACAAUCUCUUCCCCCUUUAUCUAGAGGUUCCUUCAACAUUCAAUCAUUCUUUGAACCGGCUGCUCGAUUGAGUUCCUAGUCCACCAUCAUGGUUACCAAGAUGAAAGGGAUCUACAAAGGUUUCAAAUUCAUUUCCCAAAUCUUUGUAGUUGUUAAGGAGCGAGAGAUGGAAAUUGGGUAUCCGACAGAUAUCAAACAUGUGGCUCACAUUGGUUGGGAUGGCCCUUCUGGCUCUGCACCCAGUUGGAUGAACGAAUUCAAGACAGACCCUGAUUUCACAGCAACAUCAAUUGGUAACUCCAAAGAUUCUAAUCCUACAUGGUCCUCUCAAGAUUUCGAGCAAUCAACGGGAUGCCAACCUGCAACAGAGAUGAUGAGGAACCUGUCUGGCACGGAUAUCCCAAAUAUUCCUAGGAAACAAACGAGAAAAAAGAAGACAACUUGCUCUCCCAAGUGAUACGUUUAUGUAAUAGGAUUGUGGCUUUUGGUUUCUGCUCAUCAGCUGUCGAUAUAGAAGUUCCUUCUAGUAUUCAAGAUAUUCAUGAAGAUCAGAAAGAAGUGCCAGAAUUUGAACCAAAAGCUAGUGUAAAUUAGAAAAUUCUAUUUAAUUUACGAAAGGUUAAAGUAAAUUAGGUGUGGAACCAAAAGGAAAGAUCCAAGUCCAAGGACGCGACUUACCUAAUGGCAGAAGAAAGUUUCUGGUUUACUGCGAGUAAUGAUGCUGCUAGACUUAGUUGUAUUGAGUUGUGUUAGUGGAAAGUUUUGGUAAUUCAGAUUAGUGGUUCCGACAAGUUUGUAAAGGAAUCGAACUUUUUUAAUGUUAU